CGCGGCUUGUGAAAAGGCGCAAAGUGUCAAAUUCAAGAAACCAUGUCGGAGGCAUCAAGACUCCAUCACUUCGUCCGAUGCUUGAGACCUACCGGAUCAAUACUGGUCCGCCGUGGUACAGCUCAUGAGACCAUAUGGUGUUAGCGUGGCAGCUGCGGGGAAGCUUCUGCCGUAUCACCGCCAACCCAGUUGACGCCAUCUCACUAGACGCUGCAUUUCUAAGCAGCAUGCUUAGCAUCACAGCUCUACAGCAUACCGUGUGUGGAGAACCGGCAUACUUAAUCUCCUCCAAGUUGCCUUAUUCCCAGAUAAACCUGUGAUCUCAUCACUCAUCGCACAGUGUCGCUAAGCAUCGCCCAUCGCCUUUCCAAUUCCCGCUUCCUCGCAAAUCUGACGACCACAACAAGAUGGCAGUCCUUAACGGAGACGCACCAAAAAUCACUCUGUACACCAACCACGGUUGUCCUUACGCGCAUCGCGCGCAUAUCGUGGUAAAAGAGCUAGGAUUGCAAUAUGACGAAGUCAUCAUUGAUUUGGCCAAACCAAGAGAACCUUGGUAUCUUGAAGUCAACCCACGUGGCCUCGUCCCUUCGAUAAAUUUCAAUGGCGAAAUCAUCACUGAGUCCGCUAUUGUCUCUCAAUUCUUGGCUGACGCCUACCCGUCACAUCUCCUCCCACCAUCUGACUCAGUGGAUAAUGCCCUCAAGCGCGCUCGCAUCAACUUCUUCACGGACACGUGGACGACCAAAGCUGGUAGCUUCUGGUUCAAAAUCGCACUAGAGGACUCCGAGGAGGAGAAGGAGAAGCUGACCCAAGAAUUGAUCGGCGUCGUCAACAAAGAGAUCGAGCCCCUGCUCAAAGAUGCGGCGCCAUUUUUUGGCGGGAGCUCAAAGUUGACCUUUGCCGAAGCCAUCGUUGCACCAUUCAUCCUGCGUCUGUACGCUUUCGCCAAGCACGGUCUGCUUCCGAAGUCAGUCACCGACGGGCUCGACAGACUCCCGAAUUUCUCCAAGUGGGCUGCUGAGGUUAUCAAACACGACAGUGUAACAUACAUCUGGGACGAAGAGAAGACAUUGGAAGGCAGCAAAAAGAAAUUUGCUUCACUCAAGGCACAGGCAAAGAAGGCUUAGGACAUGUAUAGUAAUUCACGUCGGUAUGUGGAGCUGAUGAGCACCACUCGGCAAAAUACACUUUUAAACUUGCCA